AUGCGCUCCAUACUCCUCCUCCUACUCUUCCGCCUCAUAGCAGCAGACUCGGCAGGAUCCAAUCCUGCUCAUCAUCCUCCGACGCCACCAUACCCAGGCCCUCUAAUCUCCAACGUCACAGUCUUCCAACCUCCCCUGGACUACACCGUUCCACGAACCCUCUACGCCCGCACCCUCCAACUCACCUCCGGCGUCUUCCUCGCCACCUGGGAAAACUAUGGCCCCAACAACAACUCCUAUCCCUAUUUUCCCAUCUAUCAAUCCUUCGACAGCGGCCUCACCUGGAGCCUCCGCAGCCAAGUCUACGACACCCAGAAUGGCUGGGGUCUCCGCUAUCAACCUUUUCUCUACAUGCUACCUGUUGCCAUCGGCUCUUAUCCCGCUGGUACAUUGCUAUUAUCCGGAUCCUCAAUUCCGCAAGACCUUUCCCAGACGUGGAUUGAAAUUUACGCGUCGAGAGAUGAGGGUUACACGUGGGAAUUCGUGAGCCACGUCGCCCAAGGCGGCAAGGCUAUUCCCAAAAAUGGAGAGACACCGGUUUGGGAGCCUUUCUUGCUGGCUUUGGAAGGACAAUUGGUCGUAUUCUACAGUGACCAACGCGAUCCCCUUCACACGGGACAAAAGCUGGUGCAUCAAGUCACGUGGGAUUUGAUCAAUUGGGGACCAAUCGUGGACGAUGUCGCGUAUCCGCAAAACAACACGUGGAGACCGGGAAUGACCACCAUAUCCUACUUGCCCGGCAGCGAGAAGUGGAUUUUGACGUAUGAAUUCUAUGGAGCAGAGGAGGUGGAUUUCGCCGUGUAUUAUCGUCUUUCGGAAAGUCCAUUGACGUUUGAUGACAAAGAGGCAUACGUGAUUCGGAGUACCAAGGGCCUGGUACCCAAGGGCUCGCCAUAUAAUGUUUGGACACCUGCUGGAAGAGAUGCGAAUGGAACGAUUGUGGUGAGCUGUGGAGAUUAUCCGCAGGUAUUUGUAAACUAUGGUCUUGCAGAGCCGGGCAGUGAGUGGUUUGAGAUGGAGACCCCGGAGAAUUCGAGUUAUACGAGAAGUUUGAUGGUGGAGACGUACACGGAUGAUCGAAAGGUGUUGAUUGUGGGUGGAGGCGUGCUUGGAGGAAAGACGAAUCGCGUUUCUGCGAGUGAGAUUGAUGUUUCUUGGAUCGCCACUUGA